UGCAGACAGACUGGCAGAGAAACAAAAUGAAAACACCAUCAGGGUGAGAGAUAUAGAUGUACUUUCCUUAGAAGGUUAACUUAAAGACAGUUAAUGAAAUGGGUUAUUCAUAUUCUAGUUACAUGAAGUAACAGGGAUUUCCGUCUUAAUGCCACGACAGUGAUGAAACAGAAAUAUUAAGUGGAUAUCCCACUGGCUGACUGUAGCAGACUUUUGAAGACUACCACGCGACGAUGGACGGGCCGACGGAGAGCUUGAAUAUUCAUUACAAGGAGGAUGACGGGACCGUGUUUUUUGAGUCGUAUAUACCUCCAUCUCGGGACGCCAUCCACCUGCCUACAUAUGUGCUCUACCUGCUCAUGGCUGUCUUCAUCUUGCUGGCUGUUCUUUACGCCAUCAUAGGGCACCUCAUCAAGGACCUCAUCCACGACUGUGCAGAUUGGAUACUUGGAGAACAGCCUGAGGAAGUGGUGGUAAACUAUUGUGAGGCAAAGGAUAAGUUUGUGGCUGACUGGUGCCCGGAGACCUCGCCUGAACUGGAGGCGAUGGCACGGGCUGAGGAGAACAAGAAUGUUGACAGGGACUUCAUUAAAGCCCCUGCCAUCUGGAUCAUCUCCACCGAGCCUCAGGUGUCCAGGACAGGACCCCGAGUGGCUUUUGGGAGGAGUACUUAGUAAAGAAAGACUUGUUGUUAUCUUAUUUUCUUAAUCUGGGAUAAAUACAUUAUUCCUGCAGGAUUUUUCUAUUGUGUAAUGAUGGGCGGGUUAUUCCUUUCAUGUUGGGGCUAAAGCUUGAAUGGUCUUAGAAGGACAUCUAGUGUUGGUUGUGGUAACUGAUUUACAACAGCACAGAAAUCAUACUGUAGUAUACACACACACACACACACACAGUGAGCAGAACAUAUUAGAUGAACAAACAAUACAGAACAUGUUUUUGCCAUUACAUCUCAGAUUAUUUCAAAUCUCAUCACAAUCGUGCGUAUCUCUGUUAAUAGCUGAACAUAUGUGUAAUGUACAUUUGUACAGUAUGUCUCUGUAGCAUCUAUUCAUGCUCAUCCUAAGAAUGAAUAUGCACAGUUGCAAAAAUCAGUACAAUUAUAUACAAUACGGUUAGAAAUACUGCACUAAAACAAACAUAACAGGAAAAAAAAAAACAUUUAGCUAAUGUCCUAAUAAUAAUAAUAACACAAUAAUUAACUUUAUAUACAUAUGCAGCAUGGAUGAAUUCAUUACACGUAUUCAUGGGUCAAAUGUGUGAAUAUAAAACAUGUGUAAUAAUAAAUUUCAAAUAUAUAAAAUGUCCUCAUGUUACACAUCAGAUUGUUUUAUCAGCAUUUUGGAAUGAUUCUUUAAAGAUGUCACACUAGAUGACAUGUCUGUACAAUGUAAUUUAUAAAUGCAGUAGCAUACAAUGAUGAAAAGAUCGAUCGAUCGAUUUUAAUCACAGUAUGAUAAUGAUGACAAUACUACUGCUGCUCAUGAUAA